AUCGGAUUGCUUAGUCGGAACUAUUAUUUUGACGCACACUCCAUAAUAACCGAGCAUGGCGUCGGGUCACUUGUGCAAGCUGCACAGCUCUGCAUCUCGACUUUUCUAUGGCACCAUGCUGCGAAACGUGCAAACGUGUUUGGUGCCACUUCGACAGAAGUCCGGUGUUAACCCUUCAUUAAUUCAAGGCCAUAACUGUGAGGUGGAAAUAGGUGUUACAUCUGAUGGGAAAACCAUAGUAUGCUACCAUCCUGCUGUUGACGUUCCAUAUGAGCUCACUCAGCCCAUAGAGCGACCAGACCCUUUGACCAACCAAGCAGAAACCCACGAUCAAGUUUUGAAAGCCCACCUCAGCAAAGAGGUGCUGGAUGGCAAAAAGGGGCCGACUAUAGAGGAGCUGAGCAAGAUGUUCUUCACCACCAAACACCGCUUUUAUCCUAAAGGACAGUACGUCUCGAGGCGCAUCAAUAAAAACCCCCCUAAGGACAGAUAAUCAACGUGCACAAACUGAUGUUUGACUUGUAAAAAUAUUGUUUAAUAAACUGGUGAAUGUUCA